UCUCCCGUCAUUGACCCCAGCACUCGUACCAAGGAUGGCAUCUAUAGACGCCAUUGCCAUCCAGAAGCGGCCUCUGCCACUCGCAGAUGGCCAGCCAGAUCCACUCACCCAGCGCAAGUUCAUCAAGAAGACGGCCAGGGGCAAAGUCAUCCGCGUCUUACGAGAGCGCUACCUUCGAGAUGACAUUGCCUGUGGCUCCCUCGCCUGCCCUUCGUGCUCUGCCAUCUCGAAGAGGCUACCAGAUCUGCCUAUGCCUUCUCUUAGCAAGACUGGUAUCACCAGCAAUCGAGCGGUAGGCAUCGGCAAGAGACAUUACCUCCUCAUCGACACCAACAUCAUCCUUCAUCAGAUGGACCUCCUGGAGUCGAUGCAUGGCGUCAGCUCGUCCACAGCUGCCUCAUCGUCUUCCUCUACCUUGCCCAUACCAUCCUUUGUCGACAUUAUCAUCCUGCAGACUGUAUUGGAAGAGGUCAGGCAUCGUUCUUUGCCCCUCUACAACCGCCUGAUGGACAUCGUCAAGGACGCAGAGCACGCUGCCAGGAUGGGAAGGAGCGAGAACACGUCCGAAUCACGGCGGUGGUGGGUGUACUACAAUGACUUCUCGAAGCACACUGCCGUGACUCGAGAAGAAGACGAGUCGCCCAACGAUCGCAACGAUCGGGCGAUUCGGACAGCUGUCGAAUGGUACAGCUGCCACCUGCGCUCGUUUUCCGGCACAGGAGGUGCCGCGGACACCCUAGACGUCCUCCUCGUGUCAGACGAUGUCGACAAUGUCAAGAAGGCCCGCGCUGCCGGACUGCCAGCGAUCAAUCUCCGAGAGUAUGUUGCCGGCAUGCCGCAGAGUGACAAGCUGCUGGACCUCUUCGCCUCUCGAUCCUCAGAUGGCGGGAAGCGGACCGGCGCGGGGGUCCUGUAUCCUGAGCACCUGCCCCCGACGCAGAUCAAUGCUGCUGUCAAGUCGGGUCUUUUGCACUCCGGCUUCUUCAAUGCCAAUGCAUACAACUUCCUGGAGGGCAGCGUCAAAGUCAAUGCAUACGACAGGCCAGUGCUGAUCCUUGGCAGAGACAGUAUGAAUCGGGCAGUCGAUGGCGACAUUGUGGCCAUCGAGAUGCUGCCGGAAGCAGAAUGGAAAGCACCCGGUGAAGAGGUCCUGGACGCCGACAGCGCCAACAAGAACGACGAUGCCGAGGCCAGUGGAGGAGAGGAAGAUGAAGAGGAGAGCGAGGAAAGUCGUCUGGAGAAGAAGGAGAAGCGAGAUGCUGCAGCAGUGGCAAAGUCAAUUGAAAAGGAGCGCAGGCCAACUGGAAAAGUCGUAGGGAUUGUCAAGCGCAACUGGAGAUCUUACGUCGCUCACGUCGAUGCUUCCUCAGUACAUUCGAGCGCCCUGAACACCCUUGGGGCUCAAUCACUCUUUGCCACUCCGGUGGACCGCAAGAUCCCUCGAAUCAGGGUCCGUACAAGACAGGCAAGUGAGCUCAUUGGCAAGAAGAUCCUCGUCGCCCUCGACGAAUGGAGGCCCACAAGUCGCUACCCCGAUGGUCACUUUGUCCGAUCCUUAGGCGCUACCGAGAGCAAAGAGGCUGAGCAAGAGUCGCUGCUGCUUGAGCACGACGUGCCGUAUCGCCCUUUCAGUCGAGCCAUAUUGGACUGUCUUCCACCCGAGGGCGACUCGUGGGUCGUUCCACCAAAGAAUGAGUCGGACCCUGCUUGGCGCGAUCGUGUUGAUCUCAGGGGUGAGAACAUCUGCAGUAUCGACCCCCCUGGGUGCCAAGAUAUCGACGACGCCCUUCACGCCAAGAUGCUCUCCAAUGGAAGAAUCGAGUGUGGUGUUCAUAUCGCCGACGUGUCGUACUUUGUCAUGCCAGCAACGCCCAUGGACGCAGAGGCUGCUUCGAGGGGGACUACGGUCUAUCUGGUUGACAAGAGGAUCGACAUGCUGCCUCAUCUGCUCGGCACGAAUCUGUGUUCUCUUCGCCCCUUUGUAGAGAGGCUGGCCUUUAGCGUAAUCUGGGAGAUGGACCCAAAGACGGGUGAAGUUCUGGCAGUCCGCUUCCACAAGUCCGUCAUCGCAAGUAAAGCAGCCUUUACGUACGAAGAGGCGCAGAUCCGGAAGGACGAUAAGAGCAAGACGGACGACAUCACGGUGUCGGUGCGAUUGCUGAACGAUAUGGCCAUCAAGCUCAAGGCAAAGAGGAUGGCCGCUGGUGCCCUCAACCUGGCCAGCCCAGAAGUGCGCAUUCAUCUCGACUCGCCAGAGGCGGCAGGACCUAUUGACGUUGAGCAAAAGGAAAUGAGGGAAACGAACUCGCUCGUAGAAGAGUUCAUGUUGUUGGCAAAUGUCACCGUAGCAGAGAAGAACUACCAGACGUACCCUCAGACGGCCGUCCUGCGACGACAUUUGCCCCCUCCACGUACAAACUUUGAGACUCUGCAAGACAUCUUGAACAAGCGUCGAGGGAUGACACUGCAAAUCGACUCAUCUGGCGCUCUAGCAGAUAGUCUCGAUCAGUGCGUCGACCCAAAGGAGCCGGCCUUUAACACCCUUGUGAGGAUCAUGGCUACGCGUUGUAUGCUCUCCGCCGAGUACUUUUGCUCUGGCUCCGUCCCCCGAGACACGUUUGGGCACUACGGCCUGGCUUGUGGCAUGUACACCCACUUUACCUCUCCUAUCCGACGCUACGCCGACGUCCUUGCGCAUCGCCAGCUCGCAGCUUCCAUCGGAUACACUUCACUGCAUCCGAGCUUGAACGACAAGACGCACGUAGACGAUGUGCUCAACGUCGUCAACAAGCGCCAUCGUGGUGGUCAGAUGGCGGGCAGAGCCAGUGUAGAGUUCUACGUUGGGCUGGCAAUUGCCAAGAAGAACGAGGCAGAGGGAGGCAAGAGCAAUCGCGUUGGCACUGGGGAGGUCAAGUUGAGGGAAGAGGCAUUCGUCAUUCGAGCCUUUAGGAAUGGAGUAGCGGUAUUCGUCAAUGCUUUUGGCUUGGAGGGGCUGAUCACCUUCAAGCAGGAUUGCGAGUACGAUGCCGAGAACUACGUCGUCAAGGUACCGGCUCACGUUUCAGGUCUCUCCAAAGACAUUGAGCUGGGUGUCUUUGACAAGUGCACCGUCGAGAUUGGUGUCGAGAAGGACAAGAGCACACAGAGAGGGAGGGUAAAGAUGGCGCUGGUUCUAUAAUUGUAUGAAGACAAGGAGGGGAACGCAGAGCUUGAACGAAUGGUAUUAGUACAAUGCAAGGCCACCGGUGAUGCGGACGGCUUGAAGUCCGUAUAGUGUGAUAGAACUACGCCCAGAGAUCGUCCUCUUCGCCUUCUGCAUCUUCAUCGUCC